AUGGAUUUUACAGCUGCUGUUGUUAAUACCAUUCAGCAACUUAAACAGUUCAACUGCAAAAGGAGAAUAAUGUGUUUAACAAAUGGAUACAACAGAUCCAAAACUAUGUAUAACACUGUAUUGUCAUCUGCAAAGGAAGCUAAUGUAAUUGUAGAUACUAUUUUGUUGACUUUUCCUGAAGAUAAUAAAGAACAAAAGGCAUUCUCUCAUGCAACAGGAGGUGUAUGUGUUCUUCCUAAAACAAUGCAGGAAGCACUCAGAUACUUUGAAUUAGAUGCAAUGCUCUCACUGAGGGAAAGGGUGCCUAGACAAUACCCAACUGAUUUAAGUGUGUUGCAAAAUAUCAACCGUUAUCCAUAUGAGACAGAGACUAGCUUUAAAUCAACCUACAUUGAAUCAUUUUACAAAGUAAAGACACAAUCAAUGAAAAGCCACAUAGAUAAGUUAAAAGAAACACCAAGUAAUUCACACCAACGAAGAAUAAUAAGAGAACUUAGAGAGUUCAUGCAUAAUCCUCAUCAUAGUAUAACAGUUUAUCCAAGUCAAACAAGCUAUGAAAAAUGGAAAGUGUUAAUGUCUGCCCCAGAUGAAAGUGCUUAUUCAGGAGGAGUAUUUGCUCUGAGUGUUGAAUUUCCCAAAAAAUAUCCCUUCAUCCAACCUGAAAUACGCUUUCUUACACCAAUAUAUCAUUGCAAUGUUAGUAGCAGCAGUGGGAGGAUAUGUCAUGCAAUACUUGGAGAGUCAUACACACCCUCCACCAGUAUGAGAGAAAUACUGAGCUACAUUUAUGGACUGUUGAUGUGUCCUGAUACUGAUACACCCCUUGACAGUGCACUUGCUGGAGAAUAUGGAUACCAGAGUGGUAAAGAAAAAGGCCAUAUAGAAUAUUUUGAGGUGGCAAGUGAAUAUUUCAGAAAAGCUGGUGAAAAUGUCAAACGGCAUGCAAGUAGAGCAUUUGACGAGUUACACAAAGAACUUAGUGGAUGA